AUGGAUGCACUGGCUGUUCCAUUAGACAGGAAUAAAGCAUGGUAUCUAUCGCUCAUGGCACCCAACACAAAGGGACCAAACUUUGCCUGGCUGGACCCAUCAAGACUCUACUGUAACUCCCAGGCUCUUGAAGAUUGUGUGAAAGACCUUCUCAGUCCAUUCCAGAAUGACAACAUUGACCUAGUAGCUGGCAUGGAUGCAAUGGGAUUCAUUCUUGGAGCAUCUGUCGCCACCGCCCUUAAAAAGGGCUUUCUGGCUAUUCGCAAAGCGGGACACCUGUGUAUAGAAACCCAGAGCCAACAAUACAGUGACUACUCAGGCAGAGAAAAGACUAUGGAAGUACGACUGGAUGUGCUCAAACCAGGUCUCAGUGUACUGAUCGUGGACCAGUGGAUAGAGACUGGUGGUACAAUGAAGGCUGCAAUUAAACUGGUGGAACAGUUUGGAGCCACUGUUGUAGGUGUAGCUGCAGUGGCCAUUGAGAACACUGAGGGUGGGAAGUGGAUUAAGGAAAAUUACAAAUGCUCUCACUGCAUCCCUGAGGAACUUCAGAAACAAAUUGAUCGACAGUAUCUCGACUCCUUCAAAGCUUUCAACAGCUCCACAUGCAAAUAGACGAUCAGUUGGGGAGGUUACUUACUUAUUUACUGACAAGUUGCAAUGGUGACUCGUUCUUAGAAUAAACUGUGAAGCCUUUUUGAUUUUAAAAAAAGAUAUUAACUUGUGCUGAUUUUAACUAAGCAAUAAGUGUUCUUGAAUGUGCAUUUGAACAUAUGUUCUUUCACUUUGCUCACUGCAUUUUUAAUAUGUUUGAUUAUGCUUAAAAUAUACUAGGGUAAAGAAACAUAAUGGAAAUAUGAUAAUAAAAACAUUUUUAU